AUGGGCGCGUUGCCUUUCCCGCCCGCCGCGGCCUCUGUGGCGGUGGCGGCGCGCCGGUCGCUCCCCCGACUGCGUGAAGGAGCGCGGAUCCGUCGCUUUCCUCUGCACGAAACGCCGCGACGCUUCUCCACAGCGGCUCGCCGAUCGUUUUCUGUUUCUUCUCCACACGCGCCGUCCAGGCCUGUCUCGUCCCGAGACGCGAAUUUGUCUUCGAGGCGCGCCAGCAGGCACCCCACUGUGGCGGGGCGGAGUGGCGACAGCCCGGUUCUCCAGCGCCUAAGCGACUGUCGUGCAUCUCCUCUCGCUCCUUUCUUUUCCCCGUGCUCCCGUCUCCUCCACGCGCCACCGUUUCUCUCUCUCCGCCGUGAUUUCACUAGGAACGGGAGCUCGACGAGGCCGACAAAAGGUGGAAAGCCGCAGGCUUGUCAGGAUCCCCGCCUCCGCACGCGCUCCAGCUCUUCCUCCAAGCGUGGACGGGCCAAGCAAGUGCGGCGGGCCGCGUCCUUGAAGGAUGACCUGUUUCACCGUCUUCUCUCCUCGCCGGCGCCAACGGGAGCUCCGCUGGACUUUCCUCCGGCCUCCCGGUCCCACCCCACUGUCGGCGCGCCGUCGGCACUGCUGCGUCCGGUCCCCGCGUCCGCACCCGUCUCGGCGCCUCUCUGUUCUGCCUGGCUGUCUCUGCAACGUCCUCUUCUUUCCUCGCUGCCGCAGCGGAGGGCGGCCAGCUUCCUGUCGCCCGCGCGCUGUGCUCGCGUGACGAGGCUCUCUGCAGCGGCAGACGGCCAGGCCGCGUCGCCGGACGAGGAGAACGUCAUCUCUUUUUCAGGCGCUCUGCCCCGACAGCCGUCCUUCACGCCUUCCGUAGCCUUCCCGCCCCACAAGCCUGUUCCGCUGGACUCGCCCCUGUCCCCCAGUGUGCACGCGACCCCGCAAGUGCGUCGCCCCGGCAGCGUCGUCCGAAUGAAUGAGGUGAUUCGGCACUGGUGGUCAGUCCCCGCCGUUGGCUUCAACAGUGUCCUCGAGGUUCCCAUUUACCGGUUCGAAGUCUUCCAGAGGCGAGAGGAAGAGGCGGGAGAAGGCGGCGCUGCGGCGGCCGAGCAGGGAGAAGACCCCGAGGAAGAAGAGGGGUGCGUAGUUCUGCCGAACGACAUUUUCGGUCUGGCCUUGCGACCGGACAUCCUGUAUCGGUGCUACUGGUUCUACCGGCGGGCGAUCGCAGGUUGGACAGAGCGCAUGCAACUCUUCAAGUGGGAGUGGCCGGGAAGCAAGCGGAAACUGAGACCCCAACAGCGUUCAGGCAGAGCUCGCAUAGGCUGGCGAAAGGCGCCAGGGAAAUACGUCGGAGUGAAAGCCCAUCCGCUGCGCCCUCACGACCAGCGUAUCAAAAUCAAUAAACGCCUGCUCUGGCAAGGCCUGAAGAUCAUGCUCUCCGCCAAGUUCGCUCAGGGGCAAAUCAAGGUUGUUGACCACUUCAACCUUCAGUCUCACAAAACGAAGCACUGCGUCCGUCAUUUGCGGCGCAUCCUCGGCCGCAAAUGCCCCUCGGCCCUUUUGGUCCACGAGGGGACGACGGACGUGAACGACAACUUCCGGUACGCGACGGCGCACAUUCUCGCCGUUCGCCGCGAAAACGUCGAGGGCGUCAACGUGUACAACCUCUUGAAGUACCGCCAGCUGGUCAUCACCGAGAAAGCUCUGCUGAAACUGAUUUACAACAUCCAAACGUACCCUGAGAAGCGCGGCUGGCUGCCGAAAUACGCGACUCCGGAUGGCCGGCCGGCGCCCGUCCCGGAGAAGGUCGAAGGCUGGGAUCGGGAGUGGAAGGAGAUGAAGGAGCGCGAACGCAACGCCAAGUUCAGCAAAAAAGUCCCCCGCGUCGAUCCCUUCAAAGGGUUCCGCCUCGCGCGGUUUUCUCUCCACGAGCCGACGAUGCCGUGGGAAAAAUUUGAGGAAACCUACGUGGACUCGGAACCGCUGGAGGACGAAGAGGAAGGAGACGUCUUCGACGAGGCUCAAACUCUCGGCGAAGAGGCUCAACGUCUGGACCGCCUAGACCAUGAAGAACUCCCAAAUGCGGCGGCAUAUGAUGUCGCCAGCCUAACAGAUAUGCCACUGACAGAGUGGAUGAGGAGGCCGCGGCGGCUCGAAACCUUCCAGAUGGAACAGACAGAGAAACGCGCAGGCAAAGGAGUUGUAGACAGCGGCGCAACUGACAAUGAACACAUCGACAGUGUCGAAGAGAACGAUGAGGGAAAAGAAUUCUUGCCUGCAGUGGACAGAUACGUUCCGAACAAGUCUUGA